AUUGCAGCGGGCGAGCGCUCGCCAGCGUUAUCACCCAAGUUUGUGUUACGCACAAGCACACAAAGGUGGAAAACAAAGACAAUCUUCAAACUGUGUACAAUUGAAUACAACAUCAAAGAAUUCACAAAAAAUAUGUCAUAUGUCAAAUAUGUCACAAAAUGUAUCAUUAACAUUUUACUAUUACGUCAUAACCACAUCUGCUUAUAUCAAAGGAAUAUGACGAUUGAUUUUUCUCCUCCUCCCUUAGGCCCUCCCCCGCCUGUGUCACUAUUUAAGCACCGGCAGGCAGUACCGGCGUGCUGAAAGCGGCAAGACAUCAGAGGUGUGUAUUUGGCGAGCAAGGUGUCACCAGACCUGUCAUACUGGACCAGUCCUGGUACUCGUACACCCACUGGUUCCCCAUGGCGUCCUCUCACGUGAUGAAGGACGACCAGGAACCACUCCCCAGGAUGCAGCCCGCCAUGAUGAUGUUCUCCAGCAAGUACUGGAGCCGCCGCGGCCUCUCCUUCGACUCGGCCAUGCUGGACCAACGACCGCCUCUGCGCCACACAGGCGGACAGAUGUCACGGCGCCCAUCCUUCAGUCCCAUCAGUGAGACUUGUGCAGGGCCGAGUCAGGCAGUGGUGUUCUCGCUGAAGAACGAGGUCGGUUGUCUGGUCCGAGCUCUGCGACUCUUCCAGGAGAAGCGGGUCAACCUGAACCACAUCGAGUCACGCCCAUCCAAACGUGUGACCAACGAGGUGGAGAUCUUUGCGGACUGCAGCUGCAGCAAGAAGGACUUCAACGAGCUGCUGGAGCUCCUCAAAGAUCACGUCAACAUCCUGUCCUUCAACACGCCCGCUCAUGUGUGGGCUGCCCAGGCGGAUGAUGAGGAAGUUCCAUGGUUCCCCAUGAAGAUCUCUGAGCUAGAUCAGUGUUCCCACAGAGUGUUGAUGUAUGGAUCCGAGCUGGACGCUGACCACCCGGGCUUCAGAGAUGAACUUUACCGCCAGCGUAGGAAGUAUUUUGUGGAGGUGGCCAUGAAGUACAAGUUCGGUCAGCCCAUCCCUCGCAUUGAGUACACUCCAGAGGAGGUACGCACAUGGGGCGUGGUCUUCAGGGAGCUCAACAAGCUGUACCCCACUCACGCCUGCCGAGAGUACCUGAAGAACCUCCCCCUGCUCAGCCAGCACUGCGGCUACCGGGAGGACAACAUUCCUCAGCUGGAAGACGUCUCACUUUUCCUCAGAGAGAGGUCCGGUUUCACUGUGCGACCCGUUGCCGGCUACCUGUCACCUCGGGACUUCCUUGCAGGUUUGGCCUAUCGAGUCUUCAACUGUACCCAGUAUGUCCGUCACAGCACCGACCCGCUCUACACUCCCGAACCGGACACGUGUCACGAGCUCCUGGGUCAUGUUCCUCUGCUGGCUGAUCCCAAGUUUGCUCAGUUCUCCCAGGAGAUCGGUCUGGCGUCUCUGGGAGCUUCUGAUGAGGAUGUGCAGAAGCUGGCCACAUGUUACUUCUUCACCAUCGAGUUUGGCCUCUGCAAACAAGAAGGUCGGCUGAGAGCGUACGGCGCCGGAUUGCUAUCAUCUAUUGGAGAACUGAGGCAUGCUUUGUCAGAGAAGGCCUGUGUGAAGACCUUUGACCCCAAGACCACCUGCAGCCAGGAGUGUCUCAUCACGACCUUCCAGGACGUUUACUUUGUCUCCGAGAGCUUUGAGGAGGCCAAACAGAAGAUGCGGGAGUUUGCCAAGACCAUCAAGCGUCCGUUCUCGGUGUACUACAACCCGUACACUCAGAGCGUGGACCUCCUCAAAGACACCAGGAGCAUCGAAAACGUGGUGCAGGACCUUCGCAGCGACCUCACCACUGUGUGCGACGCUCUGGGCAAGAUGAACACCUAUAUGGGCAUCUGAAUUGACGCUUCUGCUUCUUCAGCUCAUCUCUCACCUGAUGAAGAUCACGUCCACAGCAUUGACAAGAGCAACAUACCUACAUGUAUAUCAACAUCCAUUAAAUGUGUCACAAUCUCUAAACAACAGUGCGUUCUUAACACCCACCACAUUCUGGAACAUUCCCAUCAGCCAGUCGAUCUAUCUGAAUAGCAGAUAUUCAUAAUUACGGCCUUACUGACAUAAAGGCUUUAGAGGAUUUGACGUCUUACAUUUGAACUGCUGUGCAAUUUAGUAUCAGAUUCG